AUGGCGGCAACCCUCCCACGCCGCCUGCGAGCCGAGCGAGACUGUGUCGAGCUGCUGGGCAAGGGCUGCUGCGUCGUCGACCUGGCGGGCUGCGAGCGCUACGCGAUCGUCAUCAGCUCGCAGGGCGUCGCGGCGAUCGUCGGUGACGUUUCAGACGACCGGCUCGUCGUCGACGCCGACGCGGCGGACGGCGCGACGCUGCCGGCCUUUGCCAUCGGCACGCGGAGCGACGGCACGCAGGUUUGGUUGGAAUAUGUGAGCGGCAGCGGCGGGACUUAUGAAAGGUGCCAUAAACCGCGCGCCGACGACGUAAGGAGGGGUGCCGCCAAGGCCGAGGGCAAGUGGCCGGCCGUCGUCGUGGCGUCGAUCGCGCGCUACUACGGGCUGCAGGCGCUCGAGCCGUCCGUGCGCGGCUUCCUGGCCAUCCUCGAGAAGCAGUUCGACCGAGCCGACGCGUACGUCUGGGAGCUGCUGCAGAAUGGAGUGGAUGACGGCGCGACGCAGGUCGUGGUCGAGCGGCUUUCAGAAAGACGCGGCGUCCGCGUCAGUCAUGAUGGAAGGCGCUUCACGCCGCUGGACGUUUUGGGUCUGUCGUCGGUAGGUUUGUCGACGAAGUCCCUCUUAAGUGACGGGAACGCGCCGCGGUCCAUCGGCUUCAUGGGUAUCGGUUUCAAGGCCGUCUACCGGCGGUUUAAACGGGUCACGGUCUCGGACGGGCGGUGGCGCUUUAGGUACGACGAGCCGCGGGACCGCGCGCCCGGCGAACCGAAGCACGCCUGGGUGCUGCGGCCGGCGCCCCUGGAGCUCGAUGGCGAGUCGACGUGGUGCGCGUUCGACCUGGAGCGGCCGCGCCAGUCCGUAGAGGCCGAUUUAAGACCGCCGAACGCGUCGGCCGUCGCGAUGGUCGGCCGCGCGGCGGCGUCUCGUAAUGGUAAGACCUGGAUGCUAGACUGGGACGGCCGGCGCCACGCCGUCGCCCUCUCCACAAAGAACGACGAGGAGACGAUCACCGUCGACGUGGCCAAGGGCGACCGCUCGAAUACGCGGACCUUCGUGGCCUUUGUGCACGGCUGGCGGCCGCGCGGCGCGGCGAAGGAGGCCUACGAGGCACACACAAAGCGCGCGCACGACGGCAACGCCGAGGAGCUGCGCCUGUUCUUCGAGGUCGGCGCCGAGGAACAAAGACCUGGCUUGAUCCACUGCACGCUGCCGACGCGCGUGCGGGCGCCGACGGGCAAGGGCACGCACCUCGACGGGCCCUUCCUGCUGUCCGUGGACCGCGGCUCGCUCGACGGCCAGCAUGCGUGGAACGCUGCAUUACUACAGAACGGGCUCGGCGAGCUGCUCGUGAAAUUGCUGCGCUGGGCGGCGCGGGCGUGCCGCGACGCGGACGACAAGGCCAAGGUCCUGCGGGACGCGUUUAGUCGGCUGCCUCCCCUAACGCGCGACGCCGACGGCAAGCUGUCGACGACGGUCGCUGGAGCCUCUGUCUCGCUGCACGCGCUCGACGGCGCCCUGCGGCGCGAGUCGCUCCUGCCGUGCUUGCCGCUCGGCACGUUCAGAACGGCGCGCGAGGCGCGCUGGGUGCCGCCGGCCUUCGCCGAGCGGGUGCCGGCGCCCGUGCUCAGGGAGCUGUUCGGGGGCGCGCCGCUCGCGACGCAUUUGUUGGGCGACGCGUUCGCGGACAAAGGGACGUGGGCCGGCGUCGUCGCGGCGCCGGCGCCGCGGCGCGGCGUCCGCGUCGACGCGCGGCUCGUCGGCGCCUGUGGCGUUGAUGCGUCGAGCGUCGGCGCGGCGCUCCUCGAGGCCGCGGCCGCGACGCCCGACCUCGACGAGGGCUGGCCGUGCGUGCUUUCGGCGUCGACGGAGGUCGUCGCGCCGGGCCGCUGCCGCUUCCUCGACGACGACGUCGCGUCCCUGCCGGAGGCGCUGCGGGGCGCGCUCGAGGCCGCGGCGUCGAAGGCCGUCGACGGCAAUGGGAAAGACGCGCCGCGCCUGGCGCACCAGGGCGCCAUGGCGUCGCCCCUGUCUCGCAGCGCCCAGGGCUUCCUCGCGGCGCUCCGCAAGGGCCGCGACAAGGUCGUGACGGUCGCGCGCGCGGCGCACGCGGCCCAGAAGGGCUGGGGGUCGGGGGACGCUGCGCUCUUCGUCGCGCUGGCCGCCUGGGCGAAGGACGCGCGGAAGCCCGAGGCCCUAUCCAUGGCGCUCGACGACCGCCGCGAGCCCAAGCACAUACAUACGCUGUCGCUCGGCGCGGCCUACGGCGACGACGUCUCGGCCGUGGCCGCGCCCGCGCAGCGCCGCGUGUCCGAGGUCUACCUGGAACAGGGGGGCUCGCAACGGAGCUGGGCCGACCUGUGGCGGUCCGCGGGCGCGUGCGAUGGACAGGUCCGCGUCGAGGCGACUGUUUCGCGAAUAGACUCAAGGAAAGCUUCGCAAUUAAUCCAGCAGGCCGUCGCCGACGCCGACGCGAGGCCCCAUCUGCGGGAAGUAAAAUUUCGCAAGUCGGCGCCUUCCACGGCCGUGCCCCUGCCCUACGGCCUACUGAAUGAGAUGGACAAGCGGUACGCGUACGUCGUGGACUGCCGCCUCGCCCGCGCUUGGGGCGUCACGCCAAGCGACGCCGACGCAGCUAGAGCCUUCGCCAAAGCGCUGGCACGGAGGACGGUAGAAAGCGUGGACGUGCCCUCGGCGAAGACGGUCCCUGCCGCGCGACGCACCUUCGGCGAUUCGAAAGCCCCGGACUCAAGUUUGAGCGAUGGCAUUUCGCCACGGGACGCGGCGCCGUUACGGCGGCGGCUCUACUGGCUGCCGCCUGGCCAGGCGGCCGCGUGCGCGGUGGAUCUGGGGCCCGCCGCAUGGGUCGACGAGCUCUCGCGAAAACGCUGGGUGCCGAGCGCGUGGCCGGGCGGACCUGCAUGCGUCGAGCGGCCGAGCCACGUGGCGCUGAAGAAGGAGGAGGACGGACGGCGCCCUCUGGUGGACUUUGGGAGCGACGAUUCGCUCAUACGCCGGGCGCUCUGCUCGUCGACGUCGCCCUGGGCGUCGCGCCUCGCGUGGGGCUCCGAGGCGCCGCCGCCGCCUUUGGACGCGCUCCUGGAGCUGAUGAAAACUGAUGCGCCGGACGUCGAUGCCCUUACCGCGGCGUGGCUCCGCGUCGGCCGCGGCGCCUCGGAGCUCGACCGGCAGGGCGCGCGCGACCUGGCGAGCGCCGCGCGGCGGAGCCACAAGGCGCUGCCGUCCGGCUCGGCCGCGCUGCCGCUCGACCGCUGCGUCGUCGUCGCGGGGGAGCCCGACGAUUUGACGCGCGCGCUCGUGAGCGUCGGCUUCCUCGCGGACGUCAAGCACGGGCCACUCGCGGCGGUGGCCGAGGCGCUGGGGACGCUCUUGCGCCUCGCGCCGGCGGCGUCGCGCGACCACGCCCUGCGGUACCUGCGGCGUCUGGGCGACGCGGCGCCGGAGCGGCUCGCCGUGCCCGAACUCGACGCGCUCUCGGAGGCCACUGCCGCGGCCGCGCGGCGCGGCCUCGACGCCAAACUACCUUGCCGCAAGCUGGACGGCACCGGUGCAUUGGUCUGGCUGCGUGGCAGCGACGCGAUCGUAGUUGACGAUGAUGGGCGCGAUGGCGCACGGCGCCACUGCCUCCGGGCCUCGCUUGGCUAUCUGCCGCUGGCGCUGUUCGAACGCGAUCGGCGGCGGGCGGCUUCCGUCGCCGAUGCGCUCGGGCUGCCGCGGCUGUCGAAGUGGCCCUUGCGGACCACGGCUACAGGUACUGUGUCCCGCUUGGACGAGGCGUCGACCCGCUUCGCUCUUGUAUUAAAAUUACUUGGGGACGCUUCCGAAAACGCGCCGGGCGUGUAUCGGCGCGGCGGCCUGAAGCGCGAGCUCACGGCGCCGAACGGGCGUUCCGCGUCGUCGCAGCUCCACGCUCUCUGGGGCCGGGUGCGCGGCGUGGACGGCGCGCAACUGCUCGUUGCGGGCGACGCCGACGACUACGCGCCGGCGGCCGAGGAGCUGGCUCUGGGACGCGCGAACGUCACCUUCGCCGACGCGCGCGUCCGCGAUAUUCUUCGGCUUCUCGGGGCGCUAGAAGACGAGCGGCGCUUCGUAAAGCUCUCCGGCCGCUUAACUACGUCGGACGACCGGCGCGUCGUGGGCGCGUUCCAGGCCGACGCCGCGCUCGACGCCGCGGACACGGCGGACGACGUCGCGAGCGCUAUGCGGGAGCACGGCGCCGUCGCGUCUGCCGCGGCCAUCGACCGCGCGACGGCCAAGGGCGCCGCGCUCCGGGCGGCCGACGCCGAAGCCAAACGGAAGCGCGACGAGGAGCGCGAGGACCAGAAGAAGAAGCGCAAGCUGCUGGCCGACGCCGACUCGCUCCUGAGCGCGGUGCGCGCCGAGGCCGCGGCGGAGUCCGAGGACGAGGCCGAGGCGCAGGCCCAGGCCGCGGCCGUCGUGAACAACGGCGCGGCGCCCGCGCUCAACGGCCGCGGGCGCGGCGUCUCGAACCUGCCCGCGUGGAUGACCGGGGGCGUUCCGACGCCCGCGGAACCGGCCGCGCCGGAGCCGGAGCCGGAACCCGCGCCGCCGCCUGCCGUGCUGAACGGCGGCGCGGCGCCGGUCCUCGCGGGUCGCGGCCGCGGCGUGAGCAACCUGCCGGCCUGGAUGACGGGGGGCGCCGCCGCGCCGGAGCCGUCCGGCGAAAAGCGCGGCCGCGACGGCGAAGAGCUGCCCGACGCCAAGCGGCCCGCGCCGGACGCCCACGCGGACCUGCAUGCGUCGAUGCUUCAUGUGGCGCGCACCGAUCCGGACGCGUUCGACUCGCUCGUCGCCUCAGUCUGGCAGCAAGUCGGGAAGAAUUAAUCUAACUAUG